AUCUGAUUAACACAGUAAGAUGCUUUUUAUUAUGAUUCUAGCAUUAUGGGAGACACUUUAAUGCUGCUGAAGUCAUCCUCGACUCUGUCAAGGUUGUGGAAUUAUAAAACUGCAAUUCCCAGAAUGCAAUAGGGGUAUUUUAGUCCAACCACUGCGCUGCUCCGGGUUGACCAUGUGUUGUGUGACUGCCACCGGACGGCUGUCUGUAGAAAGUGCAGCAAAAACCAUGCAGGCAGCUCAACCCGGACCAGCAGCAGCAGCAGCAGCAGACAUGUAAAGAUGGAGUAGAAAAUUAUGUGCCUCGACUGUCAUCAUCAAAGAUGUUCCCCGGAGUUUUCUAUGCACUGUUGGCGGGUUUCCUCGGGGCCGUGGCGUCGUCGUCGGCCAAGCUGUCUCUCGGAGCCGACUACCUGAAGGGAGUCUGCGAAACCGGACUCCGGACAUGGGGCGAGCAGCGGAAAUUUAGACAAGCGGACGAAACUACCGCCUGUGACCGGCUUCAUAUCCCUCUGAGGCUGCUGUGUGGCGGGCUGCUUUUCACCUGCAAUGCUGUGAUGUGGACCUUCCUUGCCAAAGCACUCAGGUAUUCCUCUUCCUCCACCCGAACCACUGUGACCACCACCGCCUCCAACUUCAUAUCUUCCGCUUUCCUGGGCCAGCUGAUCUUCGGUGAAGCCCAGAUAACGCUGUGGUGGGUUGGGAUCUCCCUGACUUUCUCUGGCCUGUUAGUACUGCAGAGGGUCUCUCCACAGGAUGGACAACACAAUGCAGUCACCAAGAAAGAUGAAUAAUAUGUCUCGUCUCCACUAGCUCUGUUCAGCUUGGCUCCAUCUGGCUGUGGUAUGUGUUUUGGUCGGCAUUUCCUCUGAUUUUACAUUUAGCCAAAGACUGAUGAAAUCUGAAACUGGAUUUAGACAUUUAUUGAAUUAAUAGUAACUGAGGCACAACAUUGAAACAGUAAGAAAAAAUCUGAUUUUGUUGCUAAUAAUGCUCAUUUUACUGAAUAAAUUGUUUAAAUUAUUUAACUAUUAUGACUAAAUGCUUCUGAAAUCAAUUUAUUAUCAGUGAACAUUUAAACUUCAGGUUGCAAUUCGUGGCAGUGCAGGCUGUAAAACACUGUUGGCUCAGCUGUGGUGCUGCCUUGUUUAGUCAAGCUCUAAAAAUCAGAGGAGAUGUUGGCUUUCAGCCAGUCUGGCCAUGGCACAGCUUCAGUCUGGCUAGUGGAGACAAGCUACUGGCUGCCCUGGGUUCGGCUUUUCAGAAGCUCUAAAAUAAUCUUUGUUCACAAGCUUACAAUGAAGCAAAAAUAAUACCAGCUUUAUGUUACUUUUAGCCAACACCAACACAACUCAUGAGCUAACAGAAACAAUGGGACAGAAGGGAAGAGAGGAAUAGUUUGAUAAGUUGGGUCUAUUUGUUUUCUUGCUGAGAGUUAGAUGAGGAAAUUGAUACCACUCUCGUGUCAGCAUGGUAAAUGUUAAGCUACCGUUAGCAGCCGGUUAGCUUACCAUAAAGAAAAAAAUGUGCCUACCACCACCUCUAAAGCUUACACAUUAACAAAUUAUAUCUUUUUUGUUUGAUCUGUAAAAAAAUGUAAGUAAAAAUGACAAUUGAUGGUUCUGUGUUGGACUAUUUCUUGGCCAGGCGCAAUGAGACUUGUCAGGCAACCAGCAGAUUCACAAACGUGUUCAUUAGUGAGCUUUAGAGGUGCAAAUUGUGGUACCUUUGGACAGAGUCCCCUGUUUCCAGUCUUUAUGCUAAGCUAAACUAAGCUGUCUCCUUGCUCCAGCUUCAUGUUAACAGGGUUUUCUUCUAACUCUCAGCAAGAAAGUGAAUAAGAGGGUUUCCCAAAAUUUCCAAUUACCCAUUUAAAGAGAGAGACACCUAAUAUCCAACAUGAGUAUAAUUUGAAGGGUUGUGUGCAUAUUAACAGGCUGGUCUGAAGUCAGUCUUGUGGGUUUUGUUCAUGAGCAAUGAACAAAUAUCACCUAUGUCAACCUUUAUCUGCCAGUGGAUUAUGUAUUGCAGCCGUAGGAUCACCAAAGCUUUUUUAAUGCUCACAUUUCCUUAAGUUACUACGACAUUCACUGUAAACAUCCUACACUAAUGUUUAAUUUUAUGCAUGCUCAAGGUGAUGUUUUAAAUGAAGCACUUAGCUAACAAAGCGUAUUUUUCACAAGUAAUAAAACUAAUGUAGCGCUGAAAGGCUCACCCCCGGUAAGAACUUGCUGUUUGCCUGGGUCUUGCUUUUUUUUUUAAUUAUUUGCCUUUCUUGAUAGCUUGAACCUUAAGAUAUGAGCAUGACACAUGUUUUGAUGAAGAGGCAGCUGAUCUUCAAUUUCAUGAUAGAUAUGUGCAUGUUCCUACCAAGGCCUGAACUCAUAUAACUCACACCAAAGCAUCCUGGAGUAUCAGUUCAUGUCAAAGUGAUGCCCCUGUGAGCUGCCUCAUUUUAUCAUCUCGUGUCUUCAGUGGCCAAACUGCCUCUCCAGCAUCAGACCCAUCUCGUGGCCUCUUGAUUGCCUGUUGAGCUUUAUGUGCCCUGCAUUUGCAAUCUUAUAUUGUUCUGUUGCACAUUAUCAAUAUCAGUCCAUCAGCAAUCAUCUCUUGGGUUAGAUAGACACAUGGCUUCAUUAAAAGCUUCCUUCUACAUCCCUGGAGUUGUCCAUGAGAGUGCAAUAACAUUAUACUUCCUUUAAAUCUCAUAACACUGUGAUGUGUGUAAGAGCAAAGGGGCUUUGAGCAUUAAUAAUUGAGCAUAGAAAAUGAAAUGGCAAUACUUGCUACUAAAGGGACAUUUCUGUUAGCAUACAUCAGCUAAGUAAGUAUACUGUUGUAUACAGGGAUUUGAAAACAUCAAAGGUUGCUUUAUUAAAUGGUAUUCUAGGAUCACAUGUUGCUGUUGUUUGGAUACAUAUCAUAAUAUAAAUGCAUAACGGUAGCUAUAAUAACUGUCUGUAAUAUCCCACAGCGGCAAUGCACAAAUAUAUCAGAUGUCCUUCCAACUGCUGCUGUGCAGGUUCUGUACCAUGUGAUUUACAUGCAUCCCUAUUAAUGUGACUGCAGUGACAAUGUGAUUAUACAGCUCUCAUAUUUAAAAGGCUGGCUGAGUGAUGUUUUGUAGCAGGGCUGUACUCGCAACGCAGGAUUUUUCAAAAGUGGAGAUCACUCGGAGCCCACGCUGCGACAUAAAAAAAGUGAAUCCAGUUGUUUGUGCCUCCAUGUUUUGGAUCCUGGGUGUGGUGCAUUACUUAUAGGAAUAGUUCAGUAUUUUUGGGAAUAUACUAAUUUGCUUUCUUGCAAAGAUUGGCAGAUUGAUACCACUCUCAUACUUCUACAGUAUUGAUUAAGCUGGAGGCACAGGCAGGAUAAAGUUAGCAUAGCUUUGCAUAAAGACUGGAAACAGGGGGAAACAGCUAGCCUGGCUCCAUCUAGAGGUAAAACAGUUAGCUUACCAGCACAUGUAAAGCUCACUAAUGAAAAUGUUAUAUCUCAUUUGUUUUAUCUGUACAAAAAACAAGGUAAAAAAACAUAAAAAUGCGGUUUUACGGGGAGUUAUGUGCCAGACUUUUUAUUGGCCAAGUCUCAGCUGGUUCCCUAGCAACUGCUCCCAGCCAAGACAUAGUCCCCCUGUAAAACAGCAAAUUAUCAUUUUUGCACCUGUUUUUGUGCAGAUUUAACAAACAAGAUAUAUAAUGUUGAUUAGUACACUGAAGAGGUGCUUGUAGGCAUAUUUUGUUACCUUCAGACUGACCCAAGCUAGCUGUUUCUCUUCAUGCUAAGCUAAGCUAACCGGCUACUGACUGCUUCAUAUUUAUUGAAGAGAUCCGAGUGGUAUCAGUCCUAUCAUCAAACUCUCUGCAAUAAAUUGAAUAAGUGCAUUUCCCAAAAUGUAAACUUCUUUUAAUCUACCUUUUAUAUCUGUAACCUGCUUUUGAUUCCGAAAACUUUUAGGUGCCUGCUUUUCUCCAGUUAACGGCAUGAUAUGAGGGUAAACCAUCUACCUGUGAAUCCACUCUCACUGUAAUAUAACCAGUCAGUGCUUUGCAGUAGCCACAUUUAUAGCUCUGUGACAGAGGCAUGACCCUGAGUGUGAUGUAUUUAUACAUGUGUGCACAUAAACUGUAGAUGUGUUUGUACAGGGAGAUUAGAGAACCACUGAAAUAUGAUCUUAACCUUAUGACGUGUGUGUCACAUUGAUAAGUUAAAAUGCUGCACUGCAAGAAAACAGCUAAAUUUAUCAAGACCUCUUUUGAAUCAAUAAAGUUUUGAUCACUUGGUAUACUGAAUGCACCAGGGCUUCUUAAAGGAAAACAAUCUUCUUUGGAAUAUUUAAUGAGGGGAGCUUGAUUUUGCGUUAGUUUGUUGGUAUUCCUGCUCCUACAGUGUGGACAGAUCAGUAAUCAAUUUAAUCUGGAGGCUGCUGCACUGACUAAUUUAACACUACGUUAAACUUUUUAAUGUGUAGCAGCAUCACUGCCCUUACAGGUCAAGACUGUGCAGCUUGAGGGAGACACCAUGUUUGCUAUGAUAAGAAUCAUUCAUAAUGUGUCUUAUAGAUUAUGUGAAACAAACAUUUGUAAAAGUGUAAAUAUAUUCUGUUAAUAGGAAACACUUAGGAUGUGUAAAUUGUCAUCUCCAAUGAGAGAAGAAACACUGAUAAAUUAUUAAAUAAACAUCUCAUAUGACAAACACAA